CCCCCGCUGGUAGCCCGUUGAAAGUUGAAAAUUUUUUCAUUGUCUGUUGACAUUCCUGAUGGCCGACGAUUAGUUAUACUUACCGCGAUAAGGAGCGAAUUCGUUAACGCACUGUUAUCGCCGUGUCCAGUUGUCGCUAAAGGAAGCCUUUGAGAACAAGUUUCGCGCAGUUGGAUUCUUUGAAAGUUCACAGGAAGUGCGCUUGAAAUUCAUGGAUAAAAUUUCGAAUGCUCUUGACAUAGUGGACGACCUUGACAUUAAGAAAAAAAAAAUUGAACAUCCGCGAAAUUCAGUGGAUAAUUAUCCGGAAGGAAGAGAAUCUGAAAUCCCUGUAAUUUUUGAAAAUUCCAUUCUGACUGAAAGGCUCAUAAAAUUAUGGUGCAAUAUCAUAAAUCAUCGAGUUAGUAUCAUUUCGCUGGGCCCCACCAACACCGCGAGGAUCGAUCUGACAAAGCUAUUCUCAUUCUUAUUCCCAAGAAAAGGAGAGAAUUUUAUAAAUAACGAAGGACGAUGCGAAAAGUCCUGAGCACGGUGGGGUGAUGACUAAGGGAUAGAGUGGCUUAUCUGUUUUCACUGGGCAUUGGACGCUAGUGGCUGGAGACCUGCAGAUGCAGUGACAGUUUUGGAUGUUCACUCAGACAUUUUUUAAAAUUCAAAAAUAAUUUUCCAAAUCUCCAGUGCUCCAUUUUGGAAUUUUUCGGGUGUUCAUUAUGGAGAAAAAAAGGGUUUAUAUGAUGUUGGUAUUAACGUUAAUGCCCUAUCGAGUGUUAUCCCUCUCGUUCCUGCGCGAAUUAAUUUUUCCCCGAGCACCAGAGUUAAAUAGAGUACGGGCCCAUACCGAGGGCCGAUCUUUUGACCGAGACUAUGCAGUGCUUGACUUUACGGGACUCGUGACAAAGUACGGCUACCCUGCGGAGGAGCACAAGAUCGUCACCAGGGAUGGGUACAACCUGCGAGUGCACAGGAUCCCUGGCAGCCCGACAUCGCCCCCCAGAGCUGGCAAGACCGUUGUUUUUCUCCAGCACGGAGUUUUCGGCUCAUCGGACCACUGGGUCCUCAUGGGGCCGAACAAAGAUCUCGCAUUCAUGCUGGCUGAUGGGGGAUAUGACGUGUGGAUGGGCAAUGUCAGGGGCAACACCUACAGCAGGGCUCAUGAGGAAUUGUCACCCUUGGACGAGCAGUUCUGGCAGUUCAGCUACCAUGAAAUGUCGGUUUACGAUCUGCCAGCUAUGAUAGAUUACGCACUGGAGGUGUCCGGUGAGAAGGCGGUCCAUUAUGUGGGACAUUCCAUGGGUACAACCAUGACCUACGUACUUCUAUCAAUGAUGCCGGAGUACAAUGAGAAAAUUAAAUUGUCGGUGAGUUUGGCACCGGUUGCCCUGUGGAAGGUUCACCCCAUCAUACCGAUGGCCGUGCUGAUGGACAGCAACUUCAAUUUCCUGAAGGGUCUUCUGGAUAUGAAUAAAAUCGCGGAAAUAUUUCCGCAAACUACUAACAACGCGAGAUUGGCCAGGGGAUUCUGCAGUGAUGGCUCUGUUACUCAAUCGGUUUGCCUGACGUUAAUGUCCAUACUUUCAGGACAUGAUCCCUAUCAACUCAACUCUACGCUUUUGCCGUACUAUUUUGCGUACUUCCCCGCCGGUGCAUCGACGCGAACAUUAUACCAUUAUGCGCAGAAUAUAAGAACAGGUGCUUUCGAGCAAUACGAUCACGGUUACAUCCAGAAUUUCAAAUUCUACGGGAAGAAACGACCCCCGUCCUACGAUGUAAAGAAAAUAACAGCCCCAUUUGCGUUGAUCUACGGUGCUAAUGACCCAUUGACCAGAGAAGAGAAUAUCAAUGAGCUUGCGAGACGACUGCAAAAUGUUGUGACAGUGGAGAAGGUGCCGUACAAGUACUUCAAUCAUCUUGACUUUAUAUGGGCGCAAGACGCUAAAGAACUUUUGUACAAUCGAAUAAUGGAGUUACUUGAAAUGUAUUGAAGCGACGAACGACUGAUAUUUUUAUUUCCAGGUGUAAAUAAAUUGUGUACGUAAUU